AUGAAACGUAUCUUGGCGAAGGAUCUGGCGGCUAACGUGCUGCAGCUGCCCCGCCUGGCCAUUCCGCCACUCGAGGUGACAGCGGAACGGUACCGAACCUCAGUCGUUCCACUGAAGCCGGCGGAGACCCUCAAGCCGCACUUUCAAAAACUGGAUAUGUUCGUCAGCAGCUCCGCUACGGCGCUUCAGAAUGCCCUCGUGGAGGCAGAUAAGGCAGCAGCAGCGAGUGGCGGAUACCCAUACUCUUACAUUGAGCCUAUUUGGGACAAGACGUACUUGUGCAACCGUGCCCCGCUGCUCGUGAACACCAAUCCGGCUAUUUUUGUAAAGAGGCUGAAGAACGCGGGUAACACGCAGGUGGGUGUGGCAGCAGCCAUUGUGCACAGCAUCGCCAAGUGGGUUCAGAAUGUGCUGAAACAAGGCGUAGAAGUACGUAACACAGACUUGGAUGUAUCACCGCUGCUGCGGCAGUUUGGCGCCGCACUCAUUCCGGGCGAAACGGCGGACGAGUUUCACACAACACCACUAGAGAAGUUACGCCAUAUAAUUGUGUUGCACGAUGGUCACCCAUACGCGGUUCGUGUCUUUGAUGAUAACCAGGUCCCACUCGAGCGGGCCGUGAUACAGCGGUGCAUCGAGUUUCUCCUGUCUAUCACACCUGACGCCGACAAUACAACAUCCAUCUCGCUGCUCACUGCUAGCAGUCGGCAGACGUGGGCAGGCGCGUACGCCGAGUUAGUCAAGACGCCAGAGAAUGCGGAAACCCUCAAGAAGAUGCAAGAGGGCAUGGUGGUGGUUUGCCUCGACACGAAAAAGUGGGAGGGGGACAACAAGCUAGUGAAUGGGGCGAUGCUGCACGGCAACCAGGAAGAGUCGGAGAACAGGUGGUACGACAAGCACCAAAUCAUCGUCUCUGCGGACGGUCAAGUGGCCUUUAACUUUGAGCACUCCGGCAGCGAUGGUGUGCAGUGGGCGCGGUGGGUCGGCGACGUCAUCAGCGGCGUUGAAAGCGCCGAUGCAGGCAGUGCCACCGCUGCGGCGACUGCUGCUGCUUCAAUCGAUGCGGCUCGGGUGACCCCGUUGGUGGAGCAUCUCCAUGUCACCAUCGGCAAGGCGUUUGCAGGACGCAUCCGCAGCGCACGCACAGAGGCGUUGGAGUUAAUCGCCAAUACUGCGUUGGAGGAUGUGCGCCUGCCCUUCGGCAAAAAACAAAUCAAACAGCUCGGUGUGAGCCCUGAUGCGUUUGUGCAGAUGUGCUACCAAGUGGCGUUUCAUAAGUGCCGCAACAAGCUCGCCCCCACCUACGAAGCGUCCUCCACAUCGCGCUUCUUCCAUGGCCGCACCGAGACAAUUCGGUCGGCAACGCAGGAGAUGCUCGCCCUUGCGGAGGCCGUCAACAAGGAGACAAAGGAGGUGGCGGCAGUAAGCGAGACAACGCAGGCGGCGUUGGUGGGGCUCGUGAAGGCCGCAUCCAACCGCCACAUCGCAUUGGUGAAAGCUUCUGUGAAUGGUGAAGGCGUUGACAGGCACCUGACGGCGCUGCGGCAGCUGGCGGUGAGUCGCAACGAUGAGGCUGCCCUCAACUUCUUCAACGACGAUGUCUACAAGUCAUGCAGCACGUGGACGCUCAGCACGAGCAAUAUGUCGUACGCAUGGAUGGACCGCUUCGCAUUCGGUCCGGUGACACACAACGGCUACGGGCUCGGCUACGUCGUGGACGAGCAGGAAGUGCGCAUCGUGCUCUCCGCCUUCAACAGCAGCCCAUCGACGAACGUGAGCGACUUGAAGGCCGCUAUCACGUGGGCCGCGACGUGUCUGUAUGACGUGCUGGGCGGUCCCAAGGCUUGA